CCGUACAUCACGGGUUCACUGCGUCACUAAGGUAUUUGAUUGACAGUCCACCAAACGAAUGAAAAUCCAAAACUGCUCAAUAGGUUUUUUUUCCAUCGGCCGUCUUUCAAGCGAUAGUCGAGGAAAACCGCAGGAGAAGCGGCGGGCUUUCCGAGAAGCGCUGGUGAAAAGAAUGACUGGGACUGGGGAUGACCUACAGGCUCUGGUUCCUUCUGCCAAGUUGAGUGAAGAGGAGCCACAAACUACGAUGAUGGCACCUGAAGAUGGUGAGGAAGAUGAAGGAGAGGCUUUGAAACGCAAUUUAAGGGCUCAGAGACAGAGGAGAAAGAAAAGGCUGCUUGAACAGUCUUCAGUCCAGGAGUCCCAUGAUGCUAAAGAUGUGGACGAGUUCCCUUCCGCCCUGCAGUACAGCGCAGACGAGGGGACGUCUGAGAAGGCGGACGAUUCAGUGGUUUUAUCAGAAUCUCAAACUGGUUCUCAGAGAGGUCUCUCCUCAAGAACUCAGCGUACUCAACAUUUAGAUGACUUUGUGACACGACGCUUGCAAGAGAAACUAAAAGCAGCCAGGUCUAAAGGCGAAAGCCUUCAGGAUCAGGAGGCUUCUCUUGAGCUUACUAGUCGUCUCCAGAGCCUCAGAGACAGAGACACCGUAACAAGGUUUGACAGAGAGGUUGACACAGACAGAGCUGGAAGGCAGGACUCCCCUCCAGCCCUCAGCAGCAGGGUCAGGUUCAGAGAAGCAGCAAAACAAGUAGGAAAUGGCCUGCCAACAGCUGAGGAAGCAUAUAAUUUCUUUACAUUCAACACUGACCCUGAGCCACCAGAAGAAGCUGAAACCCAGAGUGAAGAAGCUCCUCUUGCACAAAACCAAGAGGAAGACUUAUUUGUCAUUGACCAGUCACCCCAGGACUUCCUGGAAGUGAAGAAGGCUGAGUAUGUCGGGUACCAAAAACUUCUUCAGCAACGACGCGAACUCCUGUUUAUGCCCAGCUUUCGAGCAGUUCCACCCUCUGUCAAACUGCCUGAAAACAUGAAGCCUCGCUACCUGGAGGAUGAGGGUCUCUAUGUAGGCGAAAGGCCUACUGUAUCCCUGACCAAUGAGAAUAUUCUGGAGAAUCGAAUUUUGAAAAUGGAGAAGGGGAAGGAGUGGUUUGGAGAUGAUGGCAGGAUCAUCGCUCUGCCUAACCCCAUCAAGGAAUCAUCCACAAGACCCCCUCUCUUCCACAUGCAGGAGGACAUAGACCCUGCACUGCAGACUGUGUACAGGAAGGCAUUGAAGUCAAAGUAUGCAAAUCGUUACAUUGCUGGUGCAGCCGAUCCUGAGGGAGACUACCAGCUUGAUGUUGAUGUCAUGGGGCUGAUCUUCUCCCAUCACCCACUCUUCAGUCGUGAACAUGUCCUGGGCGCCCGUCUAGCUCAGCUGUACGAUCAGUACCACACCAGGCAACUCAGUAAUCUCACAGGUCACCUCACUGACAAGUUGAAUGGAUUGAGGCGUGCACUGCGGAAUAUGCUGGAGAGCCGUGGUGAUCAGACCCCCACUCAGGCCUUGCAGCAGAGGAUUUCUGAGUACAGUCUGGAGGUUAGGAACACUCGACAGCUGCGAGACAGUGAGCAGGAGAAAGACAGGACGCUUCUGAAGAAUAUAGUUAAAGUGUGGAAGGAGAUUAAAACCCUGAGAGAGUUUCAGAAGUUUACCAAUACGCCCUACAAGCUCUACCUCAGAAGGGAGAAUGUGGAUCGAGCAUCAGAUGAGCAGGAAUAUGAAGAUGAAAUCUUGGCAGAGGUUGCAGAAUUAGAAGCUGAGAGUAAGGAAGAAUUCCAGAAAAAGUUAGCUGAGUACAAGAAACAGCAGGAAGAAUGGAAAAUCUGGAGAAAGAAACAGAAAGCCAAAAAGAAAAAGAGAAAAGAGAAGAAAGGUCAAGCACAGGAUGACACUGAUGAAGAAGACGGAGAACAGGAUGUGAGCGAAUCAGAAGGACCCGCUGAAGAAAGCCCUCCAAAGCCAGAGCCCCCAGAGAGACCAGACCUUGGCUCCAUAGAGCAGUGGGUGAGGGAGAAAGCCUCCAGGAUACGCAGGAAGCCAGGAGAGUCCAUCCUGAUCCCAGUGCUGUCUGCAUCAGGAAGUGUCACUGCCAGUGAACAGUGCCCCAGGGCCGAAACUGCUCGACGAGAAGAUGUUGCCAGACGCUCUCUUUUCAUCAAGAUCCUCUACAACGGCAAAGAAGUUUCGCGAACAGACAGCCGCUCCUUGAACGCCGACUUCAGGGUGCACUUUGGACAGAUUUUCAAUCUCAAGAUAGUCAACUGUCCCCAAAGCGUUAGUUUGCAGGUGUUUGAGGAGAUUGGAUCAUCCUGCUCUGUCCUGGCUCAGGUGUUUCUUCCAGUGCCAGAACCCUCAGUCGUGACAGGCAGCGUUCCUCUUGAGGAAUUUGAGUUUAGCAGCAACCAGAGAGUGAUGUUCGACCACGAGGGAGUUGGAAGUGAUGUGCCUCUCUCCUUUGAAGCUGAUGGCAGUAACAAGCAGAUCCUGUUGACCUCUGGGAAGGUCGCAUGCUGUGUUUCUUGGGGGAUCGGUGAAGAUGACGUACCCCUCGCACCUCCUAUUUCUCAGCAACCUGGUGGCAUUCACAGUGGCUUGGGCCAUCUCGAUGCUGUUGCCCACAUUGGGGCAUCUGGACUUUAUGACAUGAAAAAAAUUAGUGAGUGGGCCAGACAGUCACGUCUGGAUCCAAACGAUCCAAAAAAUGCUUCCAUCAUGCAGCUGCUGAAAGUGGCCAGUAGUGGAGAGGUAAGGGCUCCAGAGUACUUCCGUCUCGAACAUCUGCAAGAGGACUUUAAUUUUGUGACUGAUGAAGAGUUGGAGAGGUCUAAAAGGUUCCGCCUGCUCAGGCUGAGGCACCAGGAAGUGGCAGAGUUUCGCAAUUACAAAUUUGUUCCUGCUUUGGAGAGGGAGGUCCUUGAUAAGGUGUUCCAGGAAUAUGAAAAAAGAUUGAAAGAGGGAGAGAUAAUAGACACCAAAGAACAUUUGGAUUCUCACAGAGCUUUAUUGGCCAAAUAUCUUCAGAAGAUCCGAGAGUCAGUCAACAACAGGUUUCUUCUUGCCAAACAUCACUACCUGCUGUCUGAUGUGGUGAUGGAAGAGGAAAUUCCAAGCAUUGGUGGUGCAGGUCCAGGGAUUCUAGGAAUAAACCUUUUCAAGCUGGCUGAACCCAAACGACCGCUGAAACCCCAGAGAAAAGAAAGAAAAAAGGUGACAGCCCAGAAUCUGUCUGACGGAGACAUCAAACUGCUCAUUAACAUCAUCCGGGCCUAUGAUAUACCCAUCCGUAGGCCUCAAAGCAAUAAACUAGGACAGUCAUCUCACACUGCCAUUCAGGCCAGCGAUUGGCUUCUUAACCAGAUACAAGUCAGGCCAUUUGUGGAGGUUUCCUUCCAGCGCACAGUACUUCAAACAACCACAGCUGAUGGACCAAACCCAUGCUGGAAUGAGGAGCUGCAGCUGCCUUUUAGCGCUCCAAACGGUGACUACAGCACUGCUAACCUGCAGUCAGUCAAAGAUGAGGUCUUCAUCAACAUAUUUGACGAAGUGGUGUAUGAGACUGCAAUGAAUGACAAAAAGAGGGGGAAAUCAAUUCAAUCCCAAGUAGAGAAGCACUGGCUGGGCUCAGUCAAGAUUCCUUUCAGCACAAUUUAUUCUCAGUCCAAGAUUGAUGGAACAUUCAAAGUGAACACGCCAGCUGUGCUGCUGGGUUACAGCAAGGAGCGGAGCCAUGUUCCUGUUAGUGGUUAUGAUAUCUUGAGAAGUCUGAGUGAAGGAACAUUUGUCACGCUGUUCAUCACUAUCGAUCCACAGCUGACACCUGGAGAGUCUGUGAGGGAGAAGAUAAAGGAAGUCAAGUUUGACAGCCAAGAGGAUGAGCGCUUACUGCAGGCUUCAGAGAGAUUUGAGAGGGAUGCAGCUCAGAGCUAUCCGGACCGACCGUGCAUUACCACAGUCAUAGACCUCAGUGGGAAGACGGUCUUCAUCACACGUUACAUUCGACCACUCAGCCCCCCACGGGAGCUGCUGGAUGAAUUCCCCAAUAACCCCUUGGAAGCCACGUCCCUCAUUGCUCGAUUUGUCUCACUCAUCCCUUCUCUGCCUGACCACGUUUCGUUUUCUGUAACCUGCGACCUGUGGAGCACCUGCGACCAAUUCCUCACCCUUCUAGCAGGUGAUGAAGAAGAACAUGCUGUGCUGUUGUGUAACUACUUCCUGUCUAUGGGCAAAAAAGCCUGGCUUUUAAUUGGCACAGCCAUACCAGAGGGACCCACGGCUUAUGUCCUGACCUUUGAGCAGAGCUGCUACCUUAUCUGGAAUCCCAGCAGCGGUCAAUUCUACGGGCAGUAUGACACCUUCUGCCCACUGCAGACAGUUGGCUGCUUGGUCAAUGCUGACAAUGUUUGGUUCAACAUUCAACAAUAUACAUCACCAAUGAGGAUCAGUUUUGACAUCACGAAAGCCAAUUUGUGGAAACCGUUUUUCUCCCGAACCUUCUCCCACCCUGGCCUGUCUAGCGUACAACCAGAGGAGCUGGUUUAUCGCCGCACAGACAGAGCAGCUGCAGCAGAGCUUCAGGACAGGAUUGAGAGGAUCCUGAAGGAGAAGAUAAUGGAGUGGCGACCUCGUCAGCCAACCCGCUGGAACCGCUACUGCACCACCACCUUAAAACAGUUCCUGCCCAAACUGGAGCUGAGCCGAGGGCAGGAUGUGGCUGAGGGACACCGCCAUGAGCUGCAGAGCCUGCUGGGAGACCACAGAAUUUCAGGAUUCCCCUUGAAUCUGCCGUUCUCUGAGAUUCGGCCCAUCAUAGAGGCGGUGUACAGCACUGGAGUUCACAGCGCUCAGGCAUCAAAUGUGGAGUUUGCUCUGGCUGUGUAUGUACACCCCUACCCCAAUAACAUCAUGUCAGUGUGGAUUUACCUGGCCUCACUUGUCCGCAUGUGAUGUAAGAGGUGCUCAUCUGACUGUCCUUUGCUGCUUUUGUGAAGUAUCAGUCUUUAACUUUCUUGAAGCUUAUGACCUUAUGUAAUUAUCACACUGUUUGCACACUGUUGUAAAAAAAAUAUGUAACUUGUUAUACAAGCAAAUUACUAUAUAUCAAAUUAUCUUCCUGAAUAUUGUUUGACUGCAAUGCCAGCCAGUUUUA